GAGGCCAGGCCGCACGUCGGGCCGCAGAAGGGCGGGGCGAGUUCGGUUGCACCAACGCCGGUACUUUAGGCGUGGACCGGCGUGCCCUUGGACUUACAGAGCGGGACGUCCGGCCGGCGAGCGGGGAGCCUCCGUGUGGCGCGGACUAACGAGCGAUUUAAAAAUGGGUGAUGUUGAGAAGGGCAAGAAGAUUUUUGUUCAGAAGUGCGCCCAGUGCCAUACUGUGGAAAAGGGAGGCAAGCACAAGACCGGGCCAAACCUCCAUGGUCUCUUUGGGCGAAAGACAGGUCAGGCCCCUGGAUUUUCUUACACGGAUGCCAACAAGAACAAAGGUAUCACCUGGGGCGAGGCUACUCUGAUGGAGUAUUUGGAGAAUCCCAAGAAGUACAUCCCUGGGACCAAAAUGAUCUUCGCCGGCAUUAAGAAGAGUGCAGAGCGGGCAGACUUGAUAGCUUAUCUCAAAAAAGCUACUAAUGAGUAAUAGUUGGCCACUGCCUUAUUUAUUACAAAUGUCUCAUGACUUUUUUUAUGUGUACCAUAUUUAAAUUGAUCUCAUACACCAGAAUUCAGAUCAUGAAUGGCUAAUAGAGCAUUUCUUUUGGGCAGUCCUGAUUUAAAUAAGAUUGGCUUGUGGUUAAAUGAAUAUGGUUGGACUUGAUUCCUAGUGUUCAACUUUUCACAGAGGUGGUGAGAGUGCCAUCUCAAAAUCUGUAGGAAACUGGCUUAUAUUUAGGUUUAUAUGAUUGGUUGUAUUAAUAUGUUUUAAUUCUGAGGAAAUCCCUUCACUGUCUCUUAGACCUGCAAGACUUGCUUGUGUUUCAAGUUGUGUUUAUUAUCCUGUUAAAAGGAAGGGCUGCAGAUGAGCUGGCAGUGACCAUUUUAUCUUUUUUGGUCCCAACUAUGCCAAUUUAAUAAAAUUCCCUGUAUCUAAACUGUUGCCUUUUGCUGAAUGAAAGGCAUUUUAGUGUGGUUUCUGUAUGAUAUCAAAUAAAGAGUAUUUAACACUU